AUGGUACGACUAAACUACACUUCUAGAAAGAUCAGUGGCGUCAAAGCUGGUCUAGCUGUGAAAAAGGAUCUCAACAAGCGAAUCCCUUCCACUCCUAAUUUCAGAGUCCGAGACCCUGUCCUGGAAAUCGACAUCUCUGGUAAAGAACUAACAGACGAUGGCUUCAACGAAUUCAUCCUCGAUCUACGUAUUGCGUUGCAAUCCGCGAGCCCCGAAUACCCUCAAGGAAUCAACAAGUUACAAGAACUACACCUGAAGGGGAAUCAGCUUACCGUCAACGCGCUUGUGGAGCUUGCUAAAAUCAUUCAGCUCAGCUCACGGGAUCUCAAAGAGCUCGAUGUCUCGAAUAAUGAUAUCAGCAUUAUUACGAUUUCUGACGCGCAGAAAUGGAAGUAUUUUCUUCAAUCCUUCAGCCAGUGCUGCGUCUUGAAGAAAAUUGAUUUCAGUGGUAAUUCUCUGGGGGCCAGGGGAAUUGAAAUUCUGGCACGGGUUUACAUUCGCAGUGAGCUUGACUUCGUCGAGACUGUCGUGGACUCUGAGGAAGACGAGCAUUUGAAUGAUCUUGAACUUGAAGAGACUACGCAGCGUGGUGAGCAUGCUGUCGUGAGCCAAGCUACGAAAGAAGUUUCUCGACGAAGUCAGACGUCACCCUCCAAGGCUCACACAUACACCGACGCAGAAUUCAGACGCUAUGCAUGCACCCGGGGUCUACGAUCAGUUCCAUAUCUCAUUUUGCAGGAUGUCUCCAUGACCAAUGGAGCUAUAAUCCACCUUGCUGAGAUGAUUAGAAUGCAUCGCACUCCAGAAACGCUUCUUCCAUUCCUUCCUGGCGGCAAGCCCCUCAAUCUACCCCCAUCUGAAUACGGUGCAGGUGGUAUCUAUUGGUUGCCAAACGAUGGUAUCAGCGAGUUAUCAGUCCGACUUAUGAAACUUAUGGAACAGAUGCAACGGUCUAUCGCCGAGAACGAGUCCGACGACGAACUUGCUGUUGACUUUGACGAAUUUAACUUCGAUGACUUGGACCACGAAGAGAUGGAACGCAAUCAAGAGGAACGGGAACGUCGCCGUCGGCACCGCCAGGCACUGACCGUGAAUCUUGGUCGCGCCACUAGUCAGCAGCGAAUCCAUACGCUGGGCACCGAAGGACUGCGGAAAUCUGUUCUUUGGCAUUGUGCAUUGCGAAUGCUGGCCGUCUCUCGAGCAAUCCUGCUGGACUUUACGAGUCGUCCCACCCCAGUCGAAGAGGAAUUGGCCGCGUCUAAGAAAUCACGACUUGAACAAUUGCGUCGACAAGACGCAACCCGCUCAUCACUUCCAGUCGAUAAGCGACAUGCAUCUCCAAAACUGAACGACCAACUAUUGACUGGAAUAUCUUCUCAGGAACGUCCGCUAUCCAGCUCACCACGAUGUCUCUCAACAAGGACAGUCGUAGAUGGGUGGUCAACGAAAUUCGACGACAUCCCAAGGGGGGCGCUCAUUUCUUCGUUGCGUUUUGAUCCUAAAUCAUCGACAUUUGAUCACAUGUUCCCCGCAAUGCACCAUACCCCCGAGAAUCCAUUAUUGCAGGUUAAUCCACCACCGGUCGCAGCAGCGAUGCCAAAUUAUCCCUGUAUAAUCGAAAGCGAGCAUGAUAUAAAGGCCAGUGGACAUGUUCUGAAAGGAGGCAAAUCGGAUACCAAGAAAGAUGGGGGGGUUCAUCCAUCAUCUUCAUCGCCUACCACUCUUAGUUGUGGAGGCAAGAUAGCUACAACGACUGGUAACUAUCGUUCCAAGUAUCAAUUUGGGUUGCCAUUACAUUUGUGGCGACGCAUUAUUGCUGAGGCGAUGGGUGUCAAUGGAAUUUUGCAUCCGGAUCAGCAGAUGAAGAUCGUCUCGUAUGCUGCUAGUUGGGGUGCGCUUGAGGCGGAGAUGUCUAUCAAUGGUGCGGCGGAGCAUCAGCAAUUGUGGAAGAUACUGGAUAGUAUCGAUUGCUUCACAUACAAGCCACUGUCUUAG